CGCAGGUAAAUUACAUUUUCCGCACAGUGCGGAAAAGUAACAUUUACGCACGGGGGGUUCCAGAUCGGACCAGUGGGCCCCAUGAACUUCCACGAAGUCAAAGAUUGUGAUCCCGUAGAUAAUAAAAUUGAUCUUCAAGUGAAAAUUAGCUACAGUGGGGACCAGAGUGAGAGUGCCUCGAUUGCGUUUAACCUACCUGAAGACUACGGAGACGAACUUGAAGGCUAUUUGUCGAUCGAUAAGUUCGAAAAUGAUGCUUGGAAAAACGGGGUUUUCGAGCAAAGUAAACCCUUGCUUGACUUUUUGGAAUCCUUUGGUGGACGAGCUUGGAAAAACUUCCGAAAUGAGAUUCAACCCAAAAUUGAAAACCCGCGACAGAUCCCAGCUGGUGAGUACAAUUUGGCCUCCUACAAGGAGACUUACCUCGAUUUGGACAUGCCCCAAACUUUCUACGGCCGAUUUAGAGUCACAGUAAUCGUCAGUAACUCUGAUGAGCCCCUUGUUUGUAAAGUGGUCGAAGUGACCAUCACUGAGCCCGCCCCUGGAUUGUAAUCAG